AUGUCAAACUUGAUAUUCUCCUUGGCGAAGGAUGCGUCGAAAAGCAUCCCUCUUACUUCUCGUGAAGCUGCAUCUGGUGUUCUAGGCUCGAUAUCCUUGACCUGCUGGGUGUUUCUUCUCGUACCGCAACUCAUCGAAAACUACCGAUAUGGUAGCGCAGAAGGUCUAUCGAUGGCAUUCCUUGUCGUAUGGUUUGUGGGUGACGUGACAAACCUCGUCGGCGGACUGUGGGCACAACUCGUCCCCGUCGUACUAGCAAUCGCAGUCUAUUUCUGCAUUGCUGACGGCGUCCUCAUCUCUCAAUGCCUGUACUACAACAUGCGCAAUGCGCGCCGCGAACAGCGCCGAAAUAGCGUCGAAUCAACUCUCGACAGUCCCACUCCAACAACACCACUACUAGGCCGACGGUUCAGUGAUGAGUUGAGUAUACCAGGUUCGCGACGGAGACGGUCGUCGGCAUCACAGAGAGACCUUCAUCAGCGUCGCGCUAGUCACCCGGACAGCGCAUUGGCGAAGAUUGUGGAAGAGAGCGAGUCCGGCGCAAAGGCUUGGUUUAAGAAUGUUUUGAGUGUCAUUGCGAUUGCGGUUAUAGGUGCCGGAGGCUGGGCUAUCGCCUGGCAGACGGGACUUUGGAGGCCUGCUCCUGUGAACCACGAUGGAGAGGGUGGUCCUAUGGCGCCUGGUGCGCAGGUUUUGGGGUAUUUCAGUGCAGUUUGUUACCUUGGGGCUCGGUUACCACAGAUAUACAAAAACUAUUCGGAAAAGUCAUGCGAAGGUCUUUCGUUGCUCUUUUUCGUUCUGUCUCUCUUAGGCAAUCUUACCUACGGAGCCGGAAUUAUCGCGCACUCAACCGAAAAGGAAUACAUUGUAAAAAACUUGCCCUGGCUCAUAGGGUCUUUGGGAACUAUGGUGGAAGACAUCGCCAUUUUCAUACAAUUCCGAAUCUAUGCGCGCCCUGCUCUUGACUCGUGA